ACAAUAACUAAGCGUAAUAUAAUAAAACUAUUAGUUUGUUUAUUACUCCUUAAUCAUUCUAUUUUAAUAUAUAUCGUAUUUUAUUUCUAGUCUGUUUAAAUGCUAGUUUUCAUAAGCUGAGACUCAAGUCAUUAAUCUGUCCUUUCUUCUUUCCAUUUUCAUUUUUUCGUAUUACAUAUACACAAGUAUUAUACCAGCACUUUUUACAUUUCCUAAAAUACCCCUCCCCCUUCCCUUUAUAAUACUCUUCCUUCUCACACUUCUUCCCCUAUCCUCUUCUCCUUACCAAAAAAUAAGAAAAAAUGACAACUCUCACAAUAUCCCUCCUCAUCCUCCUCUUCUCCUCGAUUUACGCUUCGGCUUCGACUUCUGAUAUGUCCAUAAUAUCCUACGAUUCUACUCACAUGCAUCAUCGUUCCGAUGAUGAAGUCAGGGCGUUGUACGAGUCUUGGCUAAUCGAGCACGGCAAAUCGUACAACGCUCUAGGCGAAAAGGAGAAGAGAUUUGAAAUUUUCAAAGAUAACUUAAAAUAUAUCGACGAACAUAACUCUAUUCCAAAUAAGAGUUAUAAGCUUGGAUUAACGAAAUUCGCUGAUCUGACUAAUGAUGAAUAUAAGUCGACUUACUUAGGUUAUAAAAGUGAUCGAAGUAGAUUAUUGAAGAAUAAAAGUGACAGAUAUCUACCAAAAGUUGGUGAGAAAUUACCAGAAUCAGUUGAUUGGAGGGAAAAAGGUGCUCUUGUUGAUAUUAAGAAUCAAGGAAGCUGUGGGAGUUGUUGGGCAUUCUCUGCCGUUGCUGCCAUUGAAUCGAUAAACCAGAUAACAACUGGGGAGUUGAUAUCACUGUCGGAGCAAGAGCUGAUAGAUUGUGAUAGGUCUUACAAUGAAGGUUGCAAUGGCGGUCUUAUGGAUUACGCCUUUCAAUUCGUCAUCAAGAAUGGAGGAAUUGACAGUGAAGAAGACUACCCUUACGUAGAAGGUGAUGGCACAUGUGAUACAUUUAGGAAAAAUGCCAAGGUUGUGAAGAUAGAUAGCUAUGAAGAUGUUCCUGAGAACAAUGAAAGGGCGCUACAAAAGGCUCUUGUACAUCAACCUGUGAGCAUUGCUGUUGAAGCUGGUGGUAAAGACUUCCAGCACUACAAAUCGGGUAUCUUUACUGGAAGAUGUGGUACUGCAGUGGAUCAUGGUGUGGUUGCUGUUGGAUAUGGUACUGAGAAUGGUAUGGAUUAUUGGAUUGUGAGGAACUCGUGGGGCGCUAGCUGGGGAGAGAAGGGCUACCUCAAAAUGGAACGUAACAUUGCCAGCCGUCAAGGCAAGUGUGGGUUAGCCAUAGAGCCUUCAUAUCCAGUAAAGUCUGGCCCAAAUCCUCCUAACCCCGGUCCAUCUCCUCCGACUCCAGUCAAGCCACCUACAGUCUGUGAUGAUUAUGCUACAUGCGCUGAAGGCAGCACUUGCUGUUGUAUCUUUGAGUCACGUAGGACUUGCUUCUCUUGGGGAUGCUGCCCACUUGAAGGAGCUAUUUGCUGUGAAGACCACUACAGUUGUUGCCCACACGACUAUCCUGUCUGCAACGUUUAUGAAGGCACCUGCUCAAUUAGCAAGAACAACCCACUGGGAGUGAAGGCAAUGAAGCACAUUCUUGCAAAACCAAUCGGGGCCUACGGAAAUGGAGGAAAGAAGAGCAGUUCUUGAAAUUCUACGAAGCACUAAUACUAUGGAAUGAGGUAAAAUAGCAGGCUAACGGAGGAUGUUAAAAGAAUGCUGGUGCUUGGCUUGACAACCUCGUUGGUGCAUUGAUUAGCAGACCUCAUUUCCAGCAUAAACAAGAUUACAAUGUUGAUUAAUGAUGUGUAUAUAUUGCUACUGUAUUGAUCGCGCUGCAAUUAGAACAUGAUUAAAGAAGGAUUAUUGUUAUACGUUGUCUAAUUAUCAUGUAGAUAAUCCUAGUUUCUUAUUAUGAUGGCUCCAAGUUAUGCUUCUCAUCAGGUUGUUUAUUCAUCCAAUUGUACUUGGUUUCAACAAUAAUUACAAAGACUAUAUUUCAUGUA